AUAUAACCCCGACCCUCUCACGUUCCUUCUCAUAUUUACACACACAACAGAAAAAUCCGAGAAAAUCAUAGAGCGAUCGAGAAUUCGAAACCCCAAACCCGAAAUAGAAACCCUAAUUUUCUCUCCCUCUUCUUCUUCACUGAAAAAUCUGUAAUUUGGUAUUUUUUUGUACGACGGCGUUUAAGGAUGAUUGUGAGCCAGAAAAUGGUGGCUGAGGCGGAGGUUAUCUGCCAGAAGACGGUGCUGGACAUGAAGUACCGCGUAUGCGUGGCCAAGGAGCACAACCUUCAGAUCGACGCGGCGGCGUCCUCGCCUUCCUCUCCGAGCUACGAGGUUCUCGUCGCCGAGACGAUUUCCACUGAGAUUUCUCGCUUCGAAUCGGUUCUGAGUUGCACAGAGACGAUUAAUAAUGCUGUAAUGGAGUCUUCUGCAAUCAAGUUUGUCCCGAACAUUCAUUCAGGAAGCCACAGUGACAUUGGAUCAAGGGAUUCCAUGGAUGACGAACACAUUCGGAUCGAUGAUCUAUCUGCCCAUGUGGGGCCUCGCUUCCAGUGUCCCUUUCCAAGUGCAUUUUAUGCGGUUUUCGACGGUCAUGGAGGGCCUGAGGCAGCUGCUUAUAUCAAGAGGAAUGCCAUGAGACUAUUCUUUGAAGAUGCUGAUUUACCACGGAGAAUGGAUAUGGAUGCUGUUUUCUUCAGAGAGUUGGAGAAUUCCCACAGGAAAGCAUUUCUACUGGCAGACCAUGCCUUGGCUGAUGAACAAAGUGUGAGAAGUUCGUGUGGAACAACAGCAUUGACUGCUCUUAUACUUGGAAGGCAUUUAAUGGUUGCAAAUGCUGGUGACUGUCGAGCGGUUCUUUGCAGGAAAGGAAUAGCAGUUGACAUGUCUCAAGAUCAUAGACCUAGUUACUUGCCGGAACGUAUGCGAGUUGAGCAGUUGGGUGGUUACAUUGAUGAUGGAUAUCUUAACGGAUCUAUCUCAGUCACCCGAGCUCUUGGAGAUUGGGGCUUAAAAUUACCAUUGGGUUCCUCAUCGCCUCUCAUUGCCGAGCCAGAUGUUCAGCAGGUUAUGUUAACAGAAGGUGAUGAGUUUUUUAUCAUUGGUUGUGAUGGGAUCUGGGAUGUCAUGUCAAGCCAAUAUGCUGUCAGCCUGGUUCGGCGUGGGCUGAGGAGGCACAAUGACCCCCAACAGUGUGCCAAAGAGCUCGUCAAGGAAGCACUGCGCCUGAACACAUCAGACAACCUCACAGUUAUUAUUGUGCGCCUCUCUACUCCAGAACGUGUUGAGUUCCCUCGCCAGCGCCCGAGGUUGAGAACCUGCAACCUCUCGGAGGAAGCACGCAGCCGGCUGAGAAGCUUGUUAGAAGGCAAUUGAAUGUAAAUAGUAGUCAAUUCCUAUUUACUGAGACCUAAGGGGAGAUGCAAUUUUUAUCUCUUUGUGGCUGUUUCAGAUUUUAGGUUUAGAAACAAAGCAGCCGCCAGUUUUGCUAGAACAGAACUUGAUUGUGCUGUUGAGGUUGUGGAUUGUAGCGGUAAAACGGAAUUAACCCUAAAAUGGUUAAUUUACAUUAAUCUUAAUUUUCUGAUUAUUUUAAAUAAUUGAAUUUGUUUCGAGCGAA